GUGAUAGACCCGUUGUGGGGAGUGGCGGACCCAUUGUGGGGAGUGGUAGACCCGUUGUGGGGAGUGGUAGACCCGUUGUGGGGGGUGGUGGACCCGUUAUGGGCAGUGGUGGACCCGUUGUGGGGGGUGGUGGACCCGUUAUGGGCAGUGGUGGACCCGUUGUGGGGGGUGGUGGACCCGUUAUGGGCAGUGGUGGACCCGUUGUGGGGGGUGGUGGACCCGUUAUGGGCAGUGGUGGACCCGUUGUGGGGGGUGGUGGACCCGUUGUGGGCAGUGGUGGAC